GGAGCUAAACUCUGCAGGACACCGGCCCUCCAGGACCGAGUUUGGACAGCCCUGGUCUAAAGUCUUUCAAUGACUGAAUACAGUAAAAUAGACUAAGUUAAAAUAUUAACAUGCAUGUAUACUUUCAGUGACAAAAAAAUGAAUGUGGAACAUGAAGUUACACUGCUCGUUGAUGAGAUUCGUCGAUUGGGCAGUAAAAAUGCAGAUGGGAAGAUCAGCGUCAAAUUUGGAGUCUUGUUUAAUGAUGACCAGUGCGCCAACCUCUUUGAAGCUCUGGUCGGAACGCUGAAAGCGGCCAAGCGAAAGAAGCUCAUCGUGUUCGAAGGAGAGCUCUUACUGCAAGGAGUUCACGACAACGUUGAUGUCAUAUUACUGCAGGACUGAAUUGAACAGUCUUCUCUAAACUCAAGUAAAAAGUGCAAAUGUGUUUUUGAUAUGUCAUUGCUACAUUUUGAAAUGGAAAUAUACUUGAGAAUGUUUUUGUAUACUGGAUUGGAAUAUUUUUAUACAGCAACUUUCUCUCUCUCAGGGGAGGGAUCUGCACAAAGUUUUUGAAAAGUAGCAAUCUUCCCUGUUCAAACACCUCAACAGCCGCCAUAUUAAAAUAUCAUAACAGUUAUAAGUGUGCAUGAUCAUGUUACUGGUUUUCUGGAACUGAAUAAAUUCAUCAAACAUUGUUUUCAACCUAUUUGAAAUGAAUAUCCACACGGGUUAAUAUCAAUUUUACAGAUUGUACUGUACCUCUGAUGCCCUACUCUGAUUGUAGACUGCAUAAUUGCUGUAAUCAUGAGGUUGUUUCUCUGCAGUGCCAUUACUGUGAGAUGAUUAAUUUCAGGCAUAGUCGUUGAAGUUAUCUGUGCCAUUUGAUCUCAAAUGCUGAGAAACAUAAACGGUAGCAUUUGUCUGCUGUAUG